AUUAUAGGUGUGAGGCACCAUGCCCGGCUGGCUUAGGUUCUUAAAGUCUCCUCCUUGACGCAGUCAUCACAGUUGUAAUUCAAUAGUUAUUUACAUGAUUGUCUCCUCACUGCACUGUAGGCUCCAUAAGGGCAGGGGCCAUGUCUGUCUUCUUCAGGCCGUAUCCCCAACCCCUGGCACACAGCAGGUGCUCAGUUAAUGUUUGUUCACAGGGACACUGCUGCUUCUAGUGGACUGGGCCCUGGCAGCCUGAUGAGCUGAGGGUGGAUUAUCAGAUUAUUGCUGACUAGGUUGUCUGCCCCAGCAAGACCCCAGAGGCAGAGGGAGGGCAGGGUUCCCUCCUGGCCCAGGCCCUAGCUGAAGAAGGGGCCCCACAGGACUUUUUCUUUGGCUGUGCUGUGUGUCUCACUGCUGUCCUUUGCUUCCAUGUGCCACUGCGGUGAUGGCUCCAUGGCCUCUCCCGGACUGGCUGCGUGACCCCGAUGGCUGCUUCUGGCAACAUCAUGACAACAGAGAAGAGUUUAGUGACUGAGGCCGAAAAUUCACAGCACCAACAGAAGGAAGAGGGUGAGGGAGCUAUAAACUCAAGCCAACAAGAACCUCAGCAGGAGGAAUCUUGUCAGACAGUAGCCGAAGGAGAUAAUCAGUUUGAACAGAAGCUGAAAGCUUCUAAUGGAGACACUCCUACACAUGAAGACUUGACUAAGAACAAGGAGCGGACAUCAGAAAGCAGAGGCCUUUCACGACUGUUCUCCUCGUUUCUCAAAAGGCCCAAAUCUCAGGUGUCCGAGGAAGAAGGAGGCAAAGAAGUAGAGUCAGAUAAAGAAAAAGGUGAAGGAGGUCAGAAAGAGAUAGAAUUUGGAACCAGUCUUGAUGAAGAGAUCAUUUUAAAGGCCCCGAUUGCAGCUCCUGAACCUGAACUCAAAACAGACCCAUCUUUGGAUCUUCAUUCAUUAAGCAGUGCAGAAACACAGCCUGCUCAGGAAGAACUCAGAGAAGAUCCAGAUUUUGAAACUAAGGAAGGAGAAGGACUUGAAGAGUGCUCCAAAAUAGAAGUAAAAGAAGAAAGCCCUGAAUCAAAAGCAGAAGGAGAAUUAAAAGCUUCCCAAAAAUCAAUCAGAAAACACAGGAACAUGCACUGCAAGGUUUCUUUGUUGGAUGACACAGUUUAUGAAUGUGUUGUGGAGAAACAUGCUAAGGGACAAGAUUUGCUUAAACGAGUAUGUGAGCAUCUCAAUCUUUUGGAAGAAGACUAUUUUGGUCUAGCCAUUUGGGAUAACACAACCUCUAAGACCUGGCUGGAUUCCGCCAAAGAAAUAAAAAAGCAGGUUCGUGGUGUCCCUUGGAAUUUUACAUUUAACGUAAAGUUUUAUCCACCUGACCCAGCACAGUUAACAGAAGACAUAACAAGAUAUUAUUUAUGUCUUCAGCUUCGGCAGGACAUAGUUGCAGGACGGCUGCCCUGUUCCUUUGCAACCUUAGCAUUAUUAGGUUCUUACACCAUCCAGUCUGAACUAGGAGACUAUGACCCAGAACUCCAUGGCGUGGAUUAUGUCAGUGAUUUUAAACUGGCUCCAAAUCAGACCAAGGAACUUGAAGAGAAGGUCAUGGAACUGCAUAAGUCAUACAGGUCCAUGACUCCAGCUCAGGCUGACUUGGAGUUUCUUGAGAAUGCUAAAAAGUUGUCUAUGUAUGGAGUUGAUCUUCAUAAAGCAAAGGACUUGGAAGGAGUAGAUAUCAUCCUAGGUGUCUGCUCUAGUGGCCUUCUGGUUUACAAAGAUAAGCUGAGAAUUAACCGCUUCCCUUGGCCCAAAGUGCUGAAGAUAUCUUAUAAACGUAGCAGCUUUUUCAUCAAGAUUCGGCCUGGAGAGCAAGAACAAUAUGAAAGUACCAUUGGAUUCAAACUUCCCAGUUACCGAGCAGCUAAGAAAUUAUGGAAAGUCUGUGUAGAACAUCACACGUUUUUCAGAUUGACAUCUACAGACACCAUUCCCAAAAGCAAAUUUCUUGCGCUAGGAUCCAAAUUUCGAUACAGUGGCCGGACUCAAGCCCAGACCAGGCAAGCUAGUGCUCUAAUUGACAGGCCUGCCCCACACUUUGAGCGUACAGCAAGUAAACGGGCUUCCCGGAGCCUCGAUGGAGCAGCAGCUGUGGAUUCGGCAGACCGAAGUCCUCGGCCCACUUCUGCACCCGCCAUUGCUCAGGGUCAGGUUGCAGAAGGUGGCGUCCUAGAUGCCUCUGCUGAAAAAACAGUGGUCCCUAAAGCACAGAAGGAAACAGUGAAGGCUGAAGUGAAAAAGGAAGACGAGCCACCUGAGCAAGCUGAGCCAGAGCCCACAGAAGCAUGGAAGAAAAAGAGAGAAAGACUAGAUGGUGAAAACAUUUAUAUCAGACAUAGCAAUUUAAUGUUGGAGGAUUUAGACAAGAGUCAAGAGGAGAUCAGAAAACAUCACGCUAGCAUCAGUGAGCUGAAAAAGAACUUCAUGGAAUCUGUACCAGAACCACGGCCUAGUGAAUGGGAUAAACGCUUAUCCACUCACUCCCCCUUCCGAACUCUUAACGUCAAUGGGCAAAUUCCCACAGGAGAAGGAAGUAUAAAUGGCAUUCGCACAGAGGAGGUGGCUGUCGUGACAAAGGGGCCAUCUACUAACCCUGACUCUGAAUGGGAGGGUCCCAAGCAUUCGGUAGUUCCUAGUAAAAGCCAGAUGACCACCCCGUCGGAGUCUCUGCAAAGCUUUGCCUUUGGCUCCCUCUCCAUAAGCAGCAAGGAGACAGAAGAGAAGGAGGAGGGGGCAGCUGGCUAUCUUGAUAUUAAGGAGAUGCCAAGAGGCCCAACUGGGGAAUGUAUAGGAAUGGAGGAACAGGCCGGUGCCUUAAAGUUCUCAGUAACACCAGCUUCCUGUCAGCUGCAACCUGGUGAAAAAAAGGCAGAGAGUAGUGAAGAACAUGUUACACCAGGAGAGCCACUUGGAAAACAAAAUGGAUCAUUUCUUGACUUUCAUGUGGGUAACCAGUUCCCCACCCUCAUUCGAAGUUUCCAGCCUCCCCUGGUGAAGACACAAACUGUCACCAUCUCAGAUAAUACCAAUGCUGUGAAAAGUGAAAUCCCAACCAAAGACGUCCCUAUUGUCCACACUGAGACCAAGACCAUCACUUACGAGGCUGCCCAGACUGAUGACAACAGUGGAGACUUGGACCCAGGAGUCUUGCUGACAGCUCAAACUAUCACAUCUGAGACCACAAGCAGCACCACCACAACUCAAAUUACCAAGACUGUAAAAGGUGGGAUUUCAGAGACACGUAUUGAAAAGAGAAUUGUGAUCACAGGAGAUGCUGAUAUUGACCAUGAUCAGGUUCUUGUACAAGCCAUCAAGGAGGCAAAGGAGCAGCACCCAGACAUGUCAGUGACCAAGGUGGUCGUCCACCAGGAGACCGAGAUUGCUGAUGAGUGAGCUCAGGAAUUAACCUACCCCAACUCUCUGCCCUUCUCCCGUCCAAGAGAAACCAGCAAAAUGAUAAAGAAGCUAACCUGCCAUAGUCAGACUUCAGACUUUAAAGAUUAUUCUAAAUCACCAGAAAAUUAAUUUCAUUUUCUAUUGGGAGUUUAUACCAAGAGAUUCUUCUAGAUGUCACUGAUCCUUUUGAAGAGCUUUUUCUAUAUUAGGACAUCAGAAUUGUUCAACUUUUCACUCUAUGGACUGUUUUAAGAGUUUUUGGGUUUUUUUAAUUGGGUGGUUUGCAACCCCUUUACAGCCUAGCCUCUGCCCAUUUAUUUCCAACCCCAACAGACACUGACAGGGUCCAUGGAAUUCUUCGGGAAAUCCUCCAAGGACUCUUGUCAGCUGUGUUGGAGGCCAAAGCCAGCUUAGUGGGACUUCCGCGUUUCUCCCUAGUCUUAUCCCCUUUGGAUGACAGCAGAAACUUCAUGAACCAGCCCUUUCUCAGAGCCAGUGAUGUGAGUGUAUCAGAACGCCAGUCGGCACCAGCCCUGAUCCACAGACCUCGGAAUGAUGCCCCUGUUUCUUUGUUGCAGGUGGUUUUGGUAAGGCAGAGCCCUCUGCUGAAUCCACACACCUUGGAACCGUACCUCCUGUUCCUUUGUUGUGGGUGGUUUUGGUAAGGGAGAGCCCUCUGCUGAGAAUGUAGUAUUGUUUUUCUCCUCUCCCUCCUGCUUUCUUUUUGGAGCUUCUUUGGGUCAAAGACAUAAGAAGUUGCUUCAGAUAUCUGAUACUGUGAAUGUUUGAACAUAUCCGUGGCCUUCACCUCUCCAGCUACCCUCUUACCUCAUCAGAAGCAGUGGCUCAGCUAAGUGCUCCCCCAGCUCCCAUCUCAGGAGACCAAAUCUCACAGAAAAAUAGGCACUUUGGGCCAAAAGCUCUAAUGGAACAUUUUUAGUGGUGAUUUGGGGAAGGAAAGUUAAUGAGGUUUUUAAAAUAAGGUUUUCUAGUUUUGAGAGUGUACACUUCACACAGGGGAAUGGGGUUACUUCUGUCAUCCCUGGGCCUUUCUUUCAUCCCAAAUGACAAGGAAUGUGGCUCAGAGAAGAGGUUGUGGGUUUUCCUUUUUUGACCUUUCUUCUCUCAACAGGAACCUGCCUGAGGACACCCUUCUAGAGCAAGGAAUUGGCUUUUAGGAGCCAUCCUCCCCACAAGACACCACAUGGCAAAGGGUACAAGCCCCAGCCCUGCUCAUUCCCACUCACCAGCUGAGGUCUGUCAGGUUUUGAAGGCUUGAUUCUGUGGUGGGUUUGGGGCUUAGUUUUUCUUUUUUUGGUUUUGAUUUUUGAAAAUAAAGAUAAUACCCUAAUUCCUGGUAAGGAUUUGGGGCAUAGUUUUUUUGUUUUUUUUUUUUUUUUUUGAGAUGGAGUUUUGCUCUUGUUGCCCAGGCUGGAGUGCUGUGGCACAAUCUUGGCUCACUGCACCCUCCACCUCCCAGGUUCAAGUAAUUCUCCUGCUUCAGCCUCCCAAGUAGCUGGGAUGAUAAGUGCACACCACCAUGCCCGGCUAAUUUUUGUAUUUUUAGUAGAAAUGGGGUUUCACCAUGUUAGCCAGGCUGGUCUCAAACUCUGGACCUCAGGUGAUCCACCCACCUUGGCCUCCCAAAGUGCUGGGAUUAUAGGUAUGAACUACCACACCGGCCGAUUUGGGGCAUUUUUAUUCAACAGAACUUUUCUAACCUUUCAACUGCUUCCCACAAAUACAUUGGCCUGGAGGCUUCUUAGAAUCCCAGUUCCAGGCUAGAAGUGAACUUCCUAAAAUAGACAGUGGGUAUUGGGCAGCAGUCACUGGGAUUCAAGGGCAGUGAGCAAGAUAAAUGUCUAAAGCUGAUUCUCCCAACAUCGUCCAAAGUCUCCACUGCCUGAGUUUUGUUUUGGCUGGUUUGAACUCAUUUUGGGUGUGUGCAUUUUUCUUUUGGUACCCAUGUGAGACAUGAACAACAGGAGGAAGGGAAAGAGCCCAGGUGGGAUGUGGGACAGGCUUGGGGGAAAGAGCUUGUCCUAUCUCAGGAACAGACUUACAGGCUGUGGGCAGAGGGUCUGAAAGGUGGGGCUUUGGGGUAGUGCCCAAGCCUGGCCAUAUUGCCAGGAGUGGUGACAAGUGAGAAAUGCAGCUUACAUCAAACAAACACGUGGUGCAUAGCCACUGCCUGACAGCCAGAUGGCCUGUAGAAAGAGCUACCAGGGCUCCCAGACUUGUGGAACAAAGAGGAUGGGGAAAAGGCAGAGGGGCACUGAGUGUCCCUUUAAAAACUAACACACUGAAUAUUCUGUGCGAUCCAGAACAGUGUGGCAGCUUUCACAGCACAGGACCAUUCAUCAGGGGCCUAAACGUUUCCCUCAACUCUGUCACCAACUCACUUCUCUCGGCUUCCUUGUCUGUAAAUUGGAUGAGAAGAGCUCUAAUGCCUUUCAGGCUCUAAGAAGCCAUAGAUUUGGACAAGCCCAGCAAGAUGGGUGUCCUUCCAGGCCUCGUCCCCUUUCCUCCAUCUCUGGCAACAGUUCUUAGGGUUUGGCAAUUGUUUGGAUUUUUUUUCUUCCUGCAGUUGUGUGUAUGUGUUUGUGUGAAGAAAAACAGACUCUGUCCAGGUAGAAAUGGUGAAGAGGGGGAAGAGAAUUACAUUUCCAGGGUCAGAAACUUGGCAACAGUUUUCCUGAAGUGACUCAGACACACCACAGUAACAACUCUUGCUGCAAUUUUAUUUUCAUUUGAGAAAUAAAGAUUUCCUCCAAGCCACAUGAGGACUCUGGCACCCACCCACAAAGCAAGACCUGUAUUUAUAAGCCUAGGGCUCAGGGAGCCUAACUGCGGGACCUGUCAGGGCACCGUGACCUAUCCCCCUCCCCCAGGCCCAUCAGUGUGUGUUGGGGGGAUGCUUGGCAGCUGGGGGUGAGGAGACAACAGACCCCGGGAAAUGGAGCCAGAGCUGUGGCCUAAAUGAUGCCCUUUGAUGCUCACGGGAAAUUUCUGCCCAGGAUCUUAGCCCCAGGCUGGUUGUUUCUACAAAUCUCUCUCAAAUGUAUUAUUUUGGUGACAAAAAUGAAGGAGCUUUGUAAAUUUUUUAAAAAUUAUGAAUCAUAUCAAGUAGUUGUUUACAUUUCUUGAAAAAAUAAGAACUCUGGCAGCAGAAUCAGAUUGGCAGAAUCCUUAGACUACACAGGCAAUAAUCAAGUCUGCUGUUUUGGCCUUUUGUAGUAGGAGAAGUGGUUGUAGUGUUUAGAUAUGUGUUUGGUCUUGCUUCUUGUAUUGCAUUUUUUUCAAUAAACAACAACAAAAAGAA